GCCCAUACGCAGCCAGAGGAGGCUUUAUUCUGUCUGAAUGAGGAAAACAUCGCGCUUGCCUGUCUGAAAGCUGUCACAUGGGGCCGAGGAGGAAAAAAAAUCGCUUCCUGAAAUGAUCCUCGUCACUGACUUUGUCGGCUUUAUUUUUGUUCUCCCUCUAACGUAAAAUCGCUCCGUGAUUUUUUUUAUUUUUUUUUUUAAUUAUUUUUUUUUUAUUUAUUUAUUUUUUUAUUUCUUAAUUUCCGUCUGAAUCUUUUGUGCCGUGUGUGUAUCUGUCGUGUACCUAUGAUGAUAAGCAAAGUUAAAAACGCGAUGUCCACUCUGGUGGGAGGGAUGAUGCCCCACGGACACCACCACCACCACCAUAACCAUCACUCAGGUGCCGGCGGACAGACCUGCGGACCGGACAGCCUGCCGCCGCGCUUCCCCUACGGCCGGCCGGAUUUCUUGGACCUCACCCCGGAGCUCCUGCAGUACUCCACGGAACACGCAUCACGGCCGGUGCUGACGUUAAAGAGAGGCAGCAGGCUUCCGUGGACGACUGGAUACGCAGAAGUGAUCAAUGCUGGGAAGAGCAUGCUCAAUGAGGACCAGGCCUCUUGUGAAAAGCUGUUUGUGAAGAAGCCGAGUGGCAAACACCGCAACUCCACUCUGCUGGAGGACAACGGGGAUGGUACAGGAAUCCCUAUGCACUUCUGGGGGGUGUUCGAUGGUCAUGCAGGUUCAGGAGCUGCUAUUAUGGCCUCUAAGCUUCUUCAUCGUCUCAUCAGAGACCGUUUAGGUGAAAUUUGCCACCUUUUGGAGAACCCCACCAGCGCACCUCCGAUCUGCUUGGCCAAGAACGGCAGCCCGUACCAGGCGGAGGCAAAGAAGGGAGCCACACAGGAAACAGAAGAUCCAGAUUCUGUCAGCGACUCCUCGAUCCGCUUUCACAUGGAGAAGGUUGUCAGCCUGGAGAGCCUGGUGAUGGGGGUAAUAGAGACUGCUUUCAAACAGAUGGAUGACCUAAUUGAAAAGGAAAAAGCAUCGUAUGCCAUCUCGGGUGGGUGUUGUGCCUUAGCUGCCAUUCAUUUAAUGGGGAAGCUCUAUGUGGCCAAUGCUGGAGAUAGCAGGGCUAUAAUCAUAAGAAAUAAUGAAGUCAUUCCUGUGACUAAUGAAUUCACACCGGAGUCAGAGAGGCAGCGCCUACAAUAUCUGGGUUUCCUGAGGCCAGAGCUCCUGGGCAAUGAGUUCACUCACAUUGAGUUUCCGCGUAGGAUUCAGCACAGUGAACUGGGGAAAAAGAUGCUCUACAGAGACCACACCAUGACCGGCUGGGCUUAUAAGACAAUCGUUGAAGAUGAUCUGAAAUUCCCUUUGAUAUAUGGCGAGGGUAAAAAGGCCCGUGUGAUGGCAACCAUUGGCGUGACCCGUGGGCUGGGGGACCAUGACCUGAAAGUGUACAACUCCAACAUUUACAUCAAACCCUUCCUGUCUUGCGUCCCUGAGGUGCAGGUCUAUAACCUGGAUGAAAACAAACACGGCCCCAACGAUGUUUUAGUUAUGGGUACAGAUGGAUUGUGGGACGUAACGACAGACAGGGAAGUGGCAGAUGCUGUGUCAGCCUACUUAUCCUGCUGUGACCCUACUGAUCCCAUGAGGUACACACUGGCCGCCCAGGAUCUGCUAAUGAGGUCUCGAGGAGUGCUGAAAGAGCGUGGUUGGCGGCUACCCAACGAUAGACUGGGCUCAGGUGAUGACAUUACUGUGUUUGUCAUCCCGCUCGCAGGCCAGGAGUCAGAGACAUGACGCGGUGUUGUAGAGACCGCUAUGACAGAGCUGACUUUGAAGGGUCCGUCCCGCGGUCCCUCCGAGCUCCCUCAACCCUGGAUCACCUGGGCAAUGGGAGAAAAAAACCAUCUUUGUCAUAGGGAAGACGUGGGUCCAAGCAGCACCUUCAUCAACCCCUUUAUCGGACCCAGUCCCUCCCUCUCAUUUCAUCUGGGAUCAGUCACCCAUCUUGUUUGGUUAGUCUUUGUCAUGUAACAAAAGAUUUUCAGUGACAUUAUAAAAGAAGUCACACAUUUUCUUCCUGACCUGCUGUUUGUGAUGGUUGCCAGUGAGAAUUAAAUCCCUGUAGUGUUUCUUUCCUGUUUAUGUUAAUGCUUUUAAAGCUGGACUUAAACCUCUGAACUGAUUUUCAUGUCAUGCCCUAAUGUGAUGCUGUUUUGUAAAAAAAAAAAAAAAGAAAAGAAAAGAAAAGAAAAGAAAAGAAAAGAAAAGAAAAAAGCUCUCCUGCAGUUUCACAAUCACAUUUUAAAGAGGAUUGAAGAAGAGAAUGUAGGGGAAUGUGGGGAAACCAAAGAGAUGCCAUUAUGGCAUGAGGAGGGAACAGUGUAAAAAUAAAUACAUGAAAGAUACAUAAUAAAACAAAAAAAGGCUGUUACAUUGAUGUCUUACAUUAAACAAGCAUGGAGAAAGUUAACACAGUGGAGUGGACCUUUUCAGACAGAAUCAGUUGAAACUAUGUUGCUGUACUUCCUUUGCUAAUGAUAGAUGAAUGACGACACCUGAGGCACUUGAAGAAUGUUGUACAUGCUCUGUGGUAGCCCAUGAUUUGGUACAUCUUUGUAUUGAAUGUGCUCUUUCUUUUUUCUUUUUUCUUCAUUUAUUUGUUUUUAUCAUGGCAGUAAACAGAGGGGUCAUACUUGUGUUCACUUAAAAAAAUGAAGGAACAGGAUAAGUGAUGUUUUCAUUUAAUUCCAUGUUAUUUUUUAAUUACUCAAAGGGGAAAGUGACUUGUCCUCAGUACAUGUCUAGGUAUAGUAAGAUGUGAUAAAUUUUCACACAUAUGCCUUACUAAGAGAUGAAAGGGAGUUUUUCAUCAGAUGCACUAAAUUUGAACCUUGUAGAAGUGGCAAUGAACAUUGUAUGGUCUUAACUGUACCGUUUACCUCUUUUCUACCAUUUUGUUAUGUCAUGUUACUUAGAUUAUCCAUAUAUUUUUAAAAGAAACCUUUUGGUUGUGAGCAGUAUAAGAAAUUUAUUUUUAUGUUUCUAUCCAUAACUGUUUUAAGAGAAGCUGUUUCCUGUGAGCUACCAAAAUGUGUGGUAGAGGGAUAAUGUGUAAGUUUAGAAAUAAAUCUGAUUUUUCCCA